UUCUAUUUCAUUUUAUUGAAUAGGGGAAAAAAAUCUCGAGUGAAGUUGAGGAAGGUCAAGGUCCAGAAGCGAGUGUCAGUUCAGUGAGUGAACCGUCAUGGCAGAUGUUCCAACAGAAGCUCCAGAGCAUUGUCCUGGGACCCAGAGUGAUAGUGCAGGAAAGGCAUCAGCAUGUGCAGGAUGUCCGAAUCAGAAUAUCUGUGCGUCGGGUGCCACAAAAGCCCCAGAUCCUGGUAUAGCUCUUGUGAAAGAGCGACUUGAAUGUGUUAAACAUAAAAUACUGGUAUUAUCAGGAAAAGGUGGAGUUGGUAAGAGUACGAUGACCUCUUUGCUCUCGAGGACACUUGCUGCUGACGAUCCCGACAGAAAUGUCGCUGUAUUGGAUAUUGAUAUUUGUGGACCUUCUCAGCCAAGAGUUCUUGGGGUUCUGGGGGAACAGGUGCAUCAGAGUGGUUCCGGGUGGUCACCAGUUUAUAUUGAGGAUAAUCUAUCGUUGAUGUCCAUUGGAUUCCUUUUGGCCAGUCCAAGUGACGCCGUCAUCUGGAGGGGACCAAAGAAAAACGGUAUGAUUCGACAAUUUCUGUCAGAAGUAGACUGGGGAUCUCUAGAUUAUCUUAUCCUGGACACUCCACCAGGCACUUCAGACGAGCAUUUGUCUGCUACAACAUAUCUGAAGGGUGCAGGUAUCACUGGGGCUGUCGUGAUAACAACUCCUCAAGAAGUCGCUUUGUUGGACGUGAGAAAAGAGAUUGAUUUCUGCAGGAAGGUCAACAUUCCGAUCCUGGGGACCAUCGAGAAUAUGAGUCUGUUCGUUUGUCCCAAAUGUAAAAAUACGGCUGAAAUUUUCCCAGCGUUGACCGGUGGAGCUAGGCAAAUGGCCAAAGAUCUGGAUAUCGAGUUCUUGGGGGCUGUACCGUUGGAUCCACUCCUGGCAAGAUGCUGUGAUGAGGGGAAAAAUCCACUCACUGACAUGCCAGAAUCGCCGGCUGUGGCCGCCGUCAAAAAUAUUGUGUCCAGGAUAGUCGAAAAGUGCGAAAAGAAUGAGAGGAAUAUCUCAAGUGCUGAGUAAUUCCAUAAAUUUUAAUGCAUAACAGCUGCUAUUUUAAUAAGCAAUAAAUAUUGUAUUUCGUAAAAAAUAAAAUUGUCUAACCGGAAACGGACAAAAGUCCACUGGACACUUUUCAUUUACAGAUAUCGAUAAAUAAAUUUUUGUGUGGAGAUAAAUCACUGAUCAUUCUG